AUGUCAAGUGCCCCACGAACGAUUCACGCAUACGCGACAUUUGCCAAGGGUGAAGAUGCUAAACCAUGGACAUAUCAAUCACGUCCAUUGGGUCCUGAAGACAUUGAGAUUCAAAUCUCACAUUGUGGUAUUUGUGGCUCCGACAUCCAUACGAUGGACAGCGGAUGGAGUAAGACCAUGUACCCGUGUGUCGUCGGCCAUGAGAUUAUUGGAGAGGUGACAUUGGUUGGUGAACAGGUGAAGGAUAUAAAAAUGGGUGACCGGGUUGGCGUUGGUGCCCAAGUGUGGGCGUGCCUCAACAAGUGUCCAGAUGAUCAUUGUAAAGAGUGCGCUAAUGGUUCAGACGCCUAUUGUCGUCAUCGUGUGGCCACGUAUAACUCCAAGUAUCGCAAGACGGACAAUGCCAUCACAUACGGUGGUUAUGCCGACUAUAUCCGUGUUACACACGAGUACGCUUUCAAGAUCCCGGACAACAUUCCGUCGGAUGUUGCUGCACCGCUGCUGUGUGCUGGCACAACUGUCUUCACACCGUUCAAGGAGGUGGGUAUUAAGCCCAGUGACCGUGUGGGCAUUGUUGGCAUCGGAGGUCUAGGCCACCUGGGCAUCCAAUUUGCCAAGGCCAUGGGCGCCGCAGUGGUAGUGGCCUUUUCUCGCUCGGCUAACAAGGAGCAGGAGAUUCGCAAAUUAGGUGCUGAUGAAUUUGUCGUGUACACGGAUGAGAAGCAGGCGGCAGCCGCGGCUGAAUCGGUGAACAUUCUACUUAUCACCGCCGACGCUAACAAUAUGCCAUACACGUUAUUCUUGAGCUUCUUGGCCAUGCGCGGUACGGUAAUCAUGGUGGGUCUGCCAAACGACGAGAUCAAGUUCAAACCGUUCCCGCUUGUGGGCAAGGGAGCCAACUUCAAAGGUAGUGCGAUUGGCAGCAUUCAGGACAUCAAGGACAUGCUGGAGCUGGCGUCUAAGAAGAACGUCCGUCCUGUGAUCCAAAAAAUGCCUAUGAGCAAGGUAAACGAGGGCAUCAAGAUGGUACGCAACGGUACGGUGCGCUACCGUGUUGUGCUCGAGAACUAA